UAUAAUAUAACUGGCAUACGAUUCAAUGGUUUAAUAAAUUAUUCUCUCUGUGUUUGAGAGAGUGUUCACAGUUGUUUUCUCAUUGUAAUAAAACAUAAUUACAGCAAAGAAACAUCUAUACUCCGCCUCGGAUAUCUUAGUGUUUUUCCGGGAACCGUAUGAUGACAAAAGUUAAAAAAACUUCUGAAUAACAAUAUGUCACCAUAUAAUCUCUCUUCUGUGUGGCGUGUUGUACAUACGGAAUAGAUCAACAUUACCAUCCACAGUAUGGCAAGUGCACCAGCAGAUCGCCGAAGAGUAAGCAAUUUCAUAUCACCGGAUACGAAUUCAAAACAUGCUCCGCCUGUCGCCCCAAAACCUUCAGGGAUAUCAAGAAAACGAGAUGACAAUCAUGAACCAAAGCAAGCAAUUUCUUUACCCAAAGGAUCAGAUGCAGUUGCAGAAAGCUUACAUUUUACCGUCAAAUAUCUUGAAGAAUUAAUGCGUGAACCGAGCAUGUUUGUACUAGGAUUGCAACACAUGGUAUCAACUGUUAAUAAUCACAAAAGCAUUGAACAACAGUUAAGUGAUGCUCACGCUAAAAACGAUACUUUACAAAAAUAUAUUGAAGAACACCAGCGCAGACAAGACAAUGCCGACAAUCUAAAUGCAGCAUUACAGGAUGCAAUUGAAAAACUACAUAAAGAAAAUGAAACUUCAACAAGAAAAAAUGAUGAAAUAAAAGCAUUGAAAGAAAUACAAUUUCAAAAAGAAGAAGAGAUUAAGAAACAGGAGACUGAAUAUGAAGGUAAAAUAUUUGCGCUUGAAAGUCAAUUAAAAGCUAUUGAAAUUUCUUAUAAAAAUUCUUUAGAUGAAAGUAUUGCCAAACAAAAAGAGCAGAUGGAAAUUGAACAGACAACGACUUUAAAAGAACAUGUUCACAUCAUCGAAAACCUCAAUAAAAAGUUAAAUGAACUUACUGAAGAAAAUAAAUUGCAAAUUGAGAAAAAUGCUGAUAUCUCCAAUGAGCUACAACAAAGCAAAGUCGAACUAGAAACAAAUAAAACGCUUGAUGGACAGGUGUUGUCUAAAAUAUGGAAAAUAGCAGCAUGUGAUGUAGCUUACGCCGGUUCGGAUUCUUCAAAAAUAACAAAUGAAUCGCAAUUGAGAAACAAAAGAGAAGAGGUAUUAACACAACUGACGGACAAACUAAGACAGUCAAGUGCAAUAAUGUUGGACAAUGAAGGGAGAUUGAUGCUGCAGCAUGUUAAAAUACACCUAGUGGAGGAAGUAGAGAUCUUACGACAGCAGAUUCAAAAGCAAAGGAAACAACAACUUGUGGCAGAAUCUUUCGCAAAAGAAGAAAUAACAAAGCUGGAAGAUGAAAUAGAAGAUCGAAAACGAAAGCAGACUUCAUCCAAAGUCUUCGCCGAAAAAGAUUUAGACAAAAUGGAGUUUCAACUUCAAGACCAAAUAACCAAACGAAGAUUCGUCGAGAAAUAUUUGAACCAGGAAAUCAUAAAAAUGGAACAUGCAUUAGAGGACAAGAAAAGAUGUCUUAAACUGGCGGAAUCGUUUGCAGAGACAGAAAUAUCGACAUUAGAGACAAAGAUGGAGAGGAAGGAAAGCACACUUAAACUUGUUCAAAGAUUUUCCGAUGCCGAGAUAACGAGACUAGAAGACGAAGUAAAUGAAUGUUUACACCUGAAAUACGUUUUGGAAGCAGAGGUUGCAUUUUUGAGACAAGAGUCGAUUGAUUUGCAACAUGAGGUGGCAGAGAAUGACCAUAGCCAAACACAUCUGAAAACUGCCCUGACGGCUCUAGAUGGGUUACAAAAUACUGUGUCGAGUCUUCAAAAGCGGGUUAAAGAACUAGAGGCGAUCAUUUCAAGCCAUGAAAAUUGCAAACAACACCAGAUGUCGGAACAUAAAAGAACACAGACUGGGGAACUCAUUGAAGGAAAUCUCAACAUAUGUCUUCUUCCUAAUGGUAGAAAAAAGGAUCGAAAGCAUUGGUCCAUGAAUUUUACUCAACUUGAUGGUUCAAAUAUUGUUUUCUACGUGCCGUGGAAUGAUUCUCAACCAACGAAGGACUACCCGCAUGGAAAACCUGAACUGAUAGUACCCUUGUUACGCUGCAAAAUAAAGAAGGACUGUACUGAUUAUACAAGCAAGAAAAAUACAUUUGUUUUGAAGACAUCAGACAAGAUGCUGCUACUUCAGGCUGACAACGAGACCGAUAUGCAGAAAUGGUUUCUUCACAUACAAAGAAAAAUAACGGAACUGGGCGGCCACCCGGACAUGACAGGUUCAAGUUUAUUGGUCCCGAAAAAAAUGGUCAAACAAGUCGCUGACCGUUUCGUGAAAAAACGCCUGAGACCGCUUGAAACCAAGGGUAUUGUAAAUGAUGCCAUUUUUGGAGGUGACAUCAAAGAGAUAUGUUCCAAAGAAAAGUCUGAAGUGCCCAUGUUUCUUGUAAAAUGUAUCGAUGCAAUAGAAAGUAGAGGCUUGCACCAUGAAGGUAUCUACAGGAUAGUAGGCAGCUCGUCGCAGAUCAAGACUCUGCAGUAUAUGAUCGACCAGGGAGAGCGAUAUGACCUUGGAGAUAAACAGUGGGACAUUCACGUGCUGUGUGGAAUCCUCUUGCUCUUUUUUAGAAAACUAAAAAACCGAUUGUUUGAAGAAUCACUUUGCGAAACGUUUUUGAAAGGCUUUUCGAUGGAGAAAGCCAGUGAUAGAUUGCAGAUCAUAAAAUCCACCUUGGAAACAAUUCAUUCCAAUAACUAUAAGACGGUUAAAGUGCUCUUUAAACAUCUCUGCAAUGUUAUGAAUCUACAACGUGAAAACAAGAUGGGUGUUCAUCAGUUGGCGUUCGUGUUUGGGCCAAGGUUGAUCCCGCCCCUGACCCUAGAUAUAGCCACAUGCAAUGAUAAUCAGAGGCAGAUCGUGGAAUUUGUUUUGUUAGAGUAUAAGAAGAUUUUCGAAUGAGAUUGCUGCCUCGAGAGUUUUAGUCUAUACAAAUGUUGUAUAUUUCAGCUAAAAUUAUAUUCAGAACAUUGAAAUCCAAACAUGGUAACUUAGCAUUAAUAUCUGUAUGUCGUGAUAGGCGGUAUUUUAUGCACCUCCUUCAAAUGAUAGCAUUAGCAUAAUGCACAUAUCAAUGUUUGCCCCACUGCGGAAAGGUAUGGGACUGAAGGAACACUUCGAAUAGUGUUGUCAAAAUCCCACACCUGUAGCAAGGCAUUUUGUUAAAAUUGUAGGAGUCAGUGAUGUUUCAGGUCUCCAAAUUCUUUAAAAAAAAUCUAUAUCCCGGGUGAGGUUUUAACUAGAUAUUUCUUAAGUCCAAUGCCAGUCUUAUGCCCACCAUGCCUGGAUGAGGCAACCAUUGAUAGGUGCAUUGUCCAUAUAAAACAGAUCUUUAUUAUCAUAAUAUCUUUAUAUACUAUAAUUAUAAGUUGCUAACAGCGUGAAUAGCUUGCUAACAGUAGCGUAGGAAUGAGUGUUUAUAACAUUUUGUGUAGUUAAUAUAGUGAGAAUAAGAUGCGUUUUGCGUAAUGACGCGAUUGGAAUCAUAGAAACCGCAAUCACAUGAUAUCGUUAUUCAGUUAUGUAGGUGAUAUCGUUAAUCAGUUAUGUAGUUGAUUGAAAUUCAUUCAUAAGUAUAGUUUCUAUUUUUAAUAUAGCCUUAAAUCGACUCAUACUUGACAAUUUUAACACGAUUGUAAGUAUGUUCUUACAAAAACUAAAUGGUUAUGCGACUGUGUUGCAGCAUUAACCCAUUUUUUGUGUAUUACAUACUAUAAGCCUUCAGCCAUUACUUAUUGUAUAUUAAAUACUUUAACAAUUAAUAUAUUGGUGCUUGUAACGUCGACAGGCUUUCAAACAUUGCUCAAAAUUGAAAAGAACACAUACACCUAAAGUAAUCAUGCCUUUUAACAUGAUUUUUUUCUUAAAUGGCAAGGGGUAAUUAAAAGACUGGUAUUUGCGAUAAGAAUGAAAAGUCGACAAUACAGCUCGGUUUGUAACGCUUCUACCUUAAAAUCCGGGGGGUCACUGGUUAAAACCAUAAUAUUUAGGUAAAACAUGUUUCAGGAACUUUUCGUCAUACCUCUAAUAUAAAUGUGUAAAUAAAUUUCAUUAACUUUGUUUUUGCAUCAAAUAAUCGUCCUUCUUCUAUUAUACUAUUGAUAAUCAAUAUCAUGUUCAAUAAAAAAGUAAACAUACUCUUCUGCGAAUGAUUUUGCUCUUUUUAUCAAUAAUGUGUCUUCAUAUUAUUCUUCUGAUAAUAUGUCCUUUUCAAUAAUAAAGUAAACAUAUUC